UGACUAGAACAGAAAUGACAAUUGCAUGAUCGGUGUGCGACGGGCAACCAUCAUCGUCGCCAUUUUACAUUUUUCAAUAAUGUCAGCCAAAUCAUCAGAUCGCGUUUAUAGUUAAAAAUUCGUGAUAUUAACGGAAAUUUAUUCAAGUUUUUCACUCUAAGUCUACAAUAACUAAAGUGCAGUGAAAUGGAUCGUUUUAUCAGCAUGUGGAAGGUUCGAGAGCUGGCGGAUAAAGUAACCAAUGUAGUAAUGAACUACACAGAAGUUGAGGGCAAAGUACGAGAAGCAACAUCAGAUGAGGCAUGGGGCCCAACUGGACAGCAGAUGCAGGAACUGGCAUUAGCCACCUUCACAUAUGAGCAUUUUCCUGAAGUUAUGUCUAUGCUCUGGAGGAGAAUGUUGCAUGAUAAUAGAUCACACUGGAGAAGAACUUACAAGUGUCUUCUUCUUCUGAGCUAUCUGGUCCGCAAUGGGUCAGAACGUGUAGUCACCUCAGCUCGGGAACAUAUCUAUGACUUGAGGUCACUGGAAAACUACACUUAUGUUGAUGAUCUGGGAAAAGAUCAGGGCAUAAAUGUGCGGCACAAAGUCCGUGAACUGAUAGACUUCAUUCAAGAUGAUGAGAAGUUGAGAGAAGAAAGGAAGAAAGCCAAGAAGAAUAAGGACAAAUAUAUUGGCAUGUCCUCUGAGGCAACUGGAGGUUUGGCAAGUAUAAGAAUGGAGGGCAUGGGGGCUAUGGGCAGAAGUUCUGGAGGCUGGGGAGAGUACAGUGAUAGGAACACUUCAUGGGAUGAGCCAAAGGAAAGAAAUGAUGAAGAUGAUUAUGAAAGAGAGGAUUCUGAUGGAGAGAGUGGAGGGAAGAAACCGCAGAAAGAAAAUGUGUACCAUGAUUCAGAGGUGAUAGACGAAAGUCCUCCGCCCUCAGACCGAGUAAGAGACCGCCACAAGCCGCUUAACAUCAGCCUACGUAGUCCUGCUCGUACUAAACCCGCUACACCUGCUAAGAAGAUUGACCUAGGUGCAGCAGCAACAUACGCUAAAGCGGCAACUGCCCCAUCGCCAGUAACUAAGCAACCGGCAACAAACAAGUCUCAGGAGCUGCUGGAUGACUUAUUUAAGACCUGUCCAGCCGCUGAAACAACAAGUACUGAUGUUGCCAAUCUAGUUGAAGACGACUUUGAUCCAAGAGCGGAAGAGCCGAAGCCCACACAAAAAGAUGAAUUUGGUGAUUUUACGAACGCGUUCGCUCCACCCGCUGUAUCCAGCGAUUCAUUUGCUGAUUUCACUAGCGCCUUCACAGAUAGCAACACUACUAACAAUGUUUCAGCGCCAGCAUCGAACCUAGACCUCCUAAGUGAUCUAGCACCUCCGGACAAUGGGUUUGAUUUAGACUCACUCACCGGACAACUCGCAAGCACAAACAUCACGCACACACAAUUACAGCCCAUGCAAGGCUGCGAGAGAUCCAGUGACCGACUGAAGACAGAAAUAUCUCACCUCGUUGAUACUCUACAGAACAUAGAAAGAAUUAGCUCUGAAGAGGACGUAAAACGAAUAAAAACUUGUUUAAUGAACCUUUUUAAUUACCUCCCCGGUCCGGUAACCCCACAGAAACUACUCGAUUGCGAUGACAAAAUAUUAAAUGACCAUUUGGACGCCUACAGCCAGCUUCUCUCGUCAUGUAGAAGUUUACUCCGACAAUGGCCAAUUCUCAAACAAGAAAUCGUCACGCUGUUCACAGUCGAAGAAGGUUUCUACCUGAGCCAGGAGUGCUUGUCUAUUUUGUGCGGUUUUUUGAAGGAAGAGAGAAAUGUAUUAGCUCUGGAAGCCACGUCAUUUAUUUUACAGAAAUAUGCCAAAAGUGAUGCAAUUCUAGCCGCUAUAAUAGAUUGCUCACACAGUAUCGGCGACGGGCAAGAUAGAAUCAAACUACAAAACGAAUGGGAGAACUACGUUCAAUACUUCAUAACGUUGCCCGAACGAGUCGCAAAUCGACUUGAAAUUAAAACUCCCAAGGAAUUCUCGCAUGAAAAUUUCUCCUAUAUUGUGGUAUUUCAAAUUGUCAGAUCUCUAGAUUUUAUGGCGGAGAGUAAUUUUUUUCAAAGUGCCCGAUAUAAUCUUGCAUGUGUCUCGCAUCUCGUUUCAAAAUUCGUUACUUACUACAGUAACACUGAGGCGUUUUAUCAUUUAAUUGAUAUUAUCAUAGCCUGGACCGAUCCAAAUAAUAAUGAUCCAUGUAAGUUCGUAAGGAGAAAACUCUUACAGACGCUAUCGCAUCACUUACAUCGCAGAGCCAUUGAUAAACUCGUCGUUUAUUUGUUCAAAAGAUGUCCAAUUUACUACAAAAACUACGAACAGCCUAUUAAAACGCUACUUGGGGAUAACAUUGACUCGAGCAAAGAUUGGAACGAGAUUCUAUUGUAUAAAAUGCCUUACAACGUUCAUUUAAAAGACUAUAAAGAUACUACAAUACAGGAAAAUUUAUUAUACUAUGUUGCUACAAGUAAAAAAUGCAAGGAUAUGCUAUCAAAUUUGAUUCUCAGCUUAGCUAACGUCUGGGCUGAUGUUAGAUCAAAAAACGUAACUGACGUUAAUCAACAUAUGUAUACGUCUGUAUUACUGUUAUUGGCUAUUAAAUAUAGAGUAACACUCUGGAAACAAAAUUCGGACGAUUGGGACUUAUUACAGAUAAAAACAAUUUUAAUCAGAGGCAUGUCCAAGCAUCUUGACGUCAUGACGCAAGAGUAUAGAUGUAUAGGAAUGGCCACGAUCGAGUUAAUUUUUAAAAUUCUAUCAGAUGUUGACAGCAAAGAUAGAGAAGCUGUCCAUCAGCUAAAAUUCGAUUACAAUUCUAUGGGAAAUACUUCUGUAGAAAUACACAAGGUUCUAAAAGGUGUUACAAAUAAAUGCCUCAUAGAUAAAGAACAUGUUAAACCAGCAAAUGAAUUAUCUGGGGUCAAUCUAAGUAAAAUCUUAGACCUUAUUGCAUUUAAAGUCGAUGAUGUAGAUAGACCCGUAAACAAUUCUGUUAUAACGUGUGCAGUUAAAACCUCGGAACAAACCAAAGCUAUUGUAAAAACGAUCAUAUCAGUUAAAUUGGAUGAAUUAAAAAAACAUGGGGUUGACGAGGAAUUAGAUUCAGAUGAUGAUUUACAGCCUUAUGAUAUGAGUAAUGAUGAGCCAAUGUCGGCAAAAAAGAAACCCAAUUAUUUGCGAGAUUUACUGGAAAUGAUUAGAGAUGCUAAAGAACAGGAAACCUUUGAAGUUGCCCUAGAAAGCGCUGAAGAAUUAGUCAACGAACAAAUGAAGCUUGAGCACAAAGUUCUUGCCAUAGAGUUGCUGGAUCUCUUCGUGCAUUUGGAGGAAAAGUAUCAUGUCUCCAAUUUCGACAGCAUUAGAUUCAACACAUCUGUGGCUAUAGUUUGCGCUCAUCCCAAAGACGGCGCGGAACAUCUAUGCAAAGAAAUACACACAGACAUAGGUAGAUACUCGAUUGCCACCAAAAUUUUCAUGCUAGAUGUUUUGUCCGAAGCAGCAAACAGAAUUGCAGAUGUUCGACAGACUGAACCAAAACCUAAGACUGAAACAAAGCAAAAAACAGACGACGCGAUCUCAGAAGAAGUGAUUAGACGAAGAUUGAUCAACAAAACUCGAUACUUCCAUACAAAAAGACCCCACCCUUUUGCAAAAGCGAAGAAGAAUCAGUUUGCGGCGGUAGCUGACAGUUUUUUCUAUCCCCUCAUCGGGGGUUUUGGUCAUCGUCAAUUGACAUUAAGCUAUCAGAAUACGAAGCAAGACGUCGACAACAUUCUCCUUCUCAAAUACCUGUCCGUCGUAGGCAACGUGAUUUUAGCGUCUAAAAAUUGUCCAAAAGUCGCAAUUUACUGCAAGGAAAUAAUUCCAAUGAUUUUGUACAUGAGAUUUUCGCCGGAACCAAAGAUUCAGACGUGUGUAAUAUCAAUAAUAGCGUCUAUAGUGAUGGUUUUACCUCCAACUAUACUUCGGGAUGAAUUUGCCUCAAUGAUGUCGGAGAUAUGCGCCUGGCUAAUGGAUUAUUUGAAUAAUAUCGACUUGGCGAUGAAUGUUAGCGGAGCUAAAACUGAAGCGGGGUUGUUUGCCGGACAAGUGUUGCAUUUGAUCGAGAAAAAUUUGUCGAACUAAGGGGAAUUACAUUAAAAAGUAUAAGCAGAAUUUGUUUCUCGGAUUGUCUAUAGUUGUAAAUAGUUUUUAAUAUUAGUAUUUCGCUUUGUUUAAGUUUGAAAUAAAAAUGCGAGCUGAAAUAGUGCACAAUUUUAUCUGUCUAUUAAAAACAUGAUGUAACAUUAUAAUUCAUUUCUUAAAAUUCUGUACCCACCGUUAGAUGAAUAAAUAUGUCUCCAUA